GUUUCCUUUCGAUUUCUGGCUUUCCUGAAAUCUGGGAAGUUUCCUUUGAGUUCCAGCCCAUGCACGUCAACGAGCUCGGCGACUUUUCCGCAACAGAAGUCCGAGAAUUUCAGUUGCCUUCCCUGUUUGUGCACCCUGUCAGCGACAGCUUUGCCAGCGGUUUUCUGAAGGGGUCUCCCGGUUGCGAAAGCGAGUCGUUUCUCUUAGGUACCUUCAGAAUGGUUUUUUCGAGUGCUGCGUCACCGGACUUCACGCGUUGUCUAUAAAUGCACCGAUGUGUAGCAACUCCACUGCGUUGCACCGAAUAUGUAAGGCAAUUCCCACGAAGGCUAUACGCGUUUACGGAUAGCCGCUUCUGGGCGUCGCUGCGCAAUUCCAUCUCUCUCCUCUUUGCAAAUUUUUGGUGGCACUUCUCGUGACUUACCAUAGCUCGACUUCUUUGUUUCUCGGUCGACUUCUUUCGCGACAAAGUUCGGUGCUGACUCGUCUCUGUCAUCAGUGAUGUGGCGUCCUUCGUUGACGCGGCAUUUCCGUACAGCUCUUGUCUGUCGCCCCGUUCGACACCAAAGGAACUCUUCAGUCAGCGCGGGACACUGGACCUCGAGAACUUGACCGCUGAGAGGCCUCCCCAUUUUGUUUUUUCGCGUCUCCCUUUUCAGUAAGACUCCUCCGUUUUUUUCGCACAUGUGCCUCACACACGAGAGACGUCAAGUCUCCUGAAUCGCGCUUCUUCCAAGAGAGAAAACAACUCUUCCUCUCGCCAAAUCCGCAGUCUGCUCCGUUUGUGACUGCUGCACUUUCCUCGUGCUGUCACCGGGAACUGUUUCCCCCCCCCCCCGUCGCCGUCUGAAGGUCGCCGCUCCUGUCUCUUUCUUUCGGCCCACCACAGCUUCGAAAGGUUUCACCUUUCAUAAGGUUUUGACCCUUGUCUACAGAAAUUCUUUGCAGGAAAAGGAUGCGUUUCUGGGUAUUCUGAAUACCGGCCGGUGUCGUCUCCGGUCUCCUCGUCGGCGGACCUUGACUGGCGAAAACAGAGGAGGCUUCACCUCUGCUUUACACUGUGACUCUGCACCAAGUCAAACUCGGAGCUCCUCUCUCAGUCUGGUCUCCUUCGUCUUUUCAGCUGGCUCCCCCUCGUCGAAUGUCCCUACAUUCUGUCAGUUCCUGUCUCCCCUGCUUCUACUUCGUCUCCACCUUUCGCGCCCCCCAUCGCCUUCAUCUCCCCUCUUCUCUCUCGACAGACAUCCUUUCUUCUCAUCGUCUCUCCUUCCGUGUCUCCCCCCUCUCCUUCAGUGUCUCCUCGGUUUCCUCACCAUGUCCGGAGGAGGCAGCGAGCCGCUGGAGUCGGAGGCGGAAGGUUUUUCAGAGGCUCCGCAUGCAGGCGAGGAGACAGAAAAGUCGAAGACGGCGGAGCGACAGAGUGGCGAGAAGAGCGCUGCUUCGUCUUCGUUACUCUCUUUGGGGUCUCGUUCUCUGGAAGAAGAAGGUCGGAGAAAGGAGGCGUCUCCGCCCUCGACCGAGAAGAAAACUGGAGGCAGUUGGUUUAAUUUCCUUUUUGCCAAGUGGAGAGGAACUCACAAACACAGAAAUGCAAUUCAACUGGCACAAGCCUUCGGCGCUGCGAAUCAACCGGGAAAACCUGGUCCUGUGAUCGGAAUCGUCGUGUGCAAAGGCCCGCGGAACGAGCUCCAGGGAUUGGCCGUCGCUACUCCGCGAGUCGUCGAACGGUAUCUUCUCGACGGUCGGCUGCAGCAGCGCGUAGCGGUUCCAGAGCCUCUGACUUGCUUUGUAGGAGGAAAAAUUGGAGGCGUCGGUCGUGUGCUUCUCUGCGGGACCCAAGCCGGAAGAGUUUUCGUCUUGAAAGCUGAAACGUUCGAACAGCUGCUCGAACUGGACUCCCGAGCAGCAUACGCGACAGCUGGGGUGUCUCUGGACCUCCCGUGUUUGCCGCCUCGCGGGGGUUUGACGUUCUGUCGGGAUCCUCUCGGGCGAGGCGGCGAUGGUGGCUCGACUCGGAAAGGAAAUGCGUUUUGGAUCGAGUCUUCGAAGAGGGAGAGAAAACACGAAGAACAAAGUCCCGCGGGGCGCCUAGACACCGCAGCCUCGCUUCUCGUGGGGAGGGCCCUCGACGGAGACAGCUCGUCAGCGGCCCCAGGGCGCGCGAGACGCGUCGAGCACCGGAGAGCCUCUGCCGGAUCGUCUGAACGUUCUGAGAGUACUGAGAAUGACGAUGGAGAGUCUGAGAGACAAAGAGAGCAGAGCGAAGAGCCCAUCGAGUUCCCCGCCUGUCUCGCGAUCUCUGCGUUGGCCAUCAAGGCGACUUUCGCCGAAUUCGUUCACUACGUCAUCGCUGGCAACGUCCGAGGCCAUGUCUUCGUCUGGCAGGUUCCCUCUACGAAACUCGUGCACCUCCUCACGUUUCCAGUCGACCGCGCAGACGCAGCUUUCCUUCGUUCUCAGGAAUCCCUUUCCUCGACGUCAAGUCUCUCUCACGGGGCUGAAGAGGCCCUCGCCACUCUCCACUCGAGCCGACGCGCCUCCCUGUCGCUCCCAGACCACCCUGAAGUGAGGCUUGGGUCUCCGCGCCUCAUGCAUCGCUCAGCAGGAGACAGGGCUCGCGUCCCCACAGAAGCCGCAGUCCCCGGCGGAUCCGCUGGCCCCGGCAGGCAGGCCUCGUCGAGAGACUCUUUCGAGGCCCAAGCAAGCGACUCGCCUAAGGAAGCUACCGCUUUUUCUCCGAGUUUUGAGACAGGGUCGAUCGACCGAAGCAACCUGAGAGGCGACGCAGAGCCCUCGCAUGCAGGCGCGAGGCUCGGAGGCUCAGGCGCGCAGGAGGCGGGAGACUUCCUCUUGACGCCCGGAGGGCCUCUGCGACUCGGUGGCGACGGGGACUGGAACCGGAGACGCGAAUCUGCAGGCUCGGUGUCUGAAGUCGUUCAGGCAGUGGGGUCAGUGGCAGAAAUUGACUUGUCUGACAGGGACACAGAAGGCGACGAUGCGGAGCCGGUCGGGGCGUUUGCGGAGCAUGGACCGAGCCGGGUCCGCGCGCGAAAGGCUAAGAAAGGCUCGAAUGCGACCGUCUCGGAGACGCCAGAGGCGUCGUUUUUCACAGACACCAGACUCGCCGGGAACGGAUCGACAGAAGGCAGUGCAGGUUCGGAAUCCGUUUCUUCCGCGACAAGCGAAAAUAAAAAGUCGAAGAGUCUCUCCAGGCGCAAACUGAACGCGAAACGGCUUUUCAGCCUAGCAGGGGUCAAAGACUCCCGUCGAGACAGCCGAAGCAGCGACCAGGCGAGUGUACAUACACUCGGAGAGGGUGUACAUACACCCGGAGGCGACGCCUCGGAUCGCAGGGCCUCCGCAGACGUCACUGCUGUUCCAGCUGUCCGUGUUUUCCAGAGCGAAGAGCAGCACAGCGCGAAGCCUCGCCGCGGGCGGGGAACAGCUCGGGUGUCGCUGUCGAGUAUGUCCGACAGUCCAGUGGAGUCUCCGAGCAGGCAGGAGGAACAGCGGUUCCAGAGCGCCCUUGAGGAGGCAUCCUCCUACCUUCCCGCCUUUCACGACGACGGCGAGUUGUUCAUCUCCUCUCCAGACACUCCUGGGAGGGCCGUGGAAAGUGGGCGCGCGGCGGGAGACGGAGAGAGACGAAAGAGAGAAGAGGCAUCACGAAGAGGCCAUGGCUGGUGUGAAGGCCCGACGGGGGGCGGCUCUGUUCAGAGUGGAGGAUCCGAUGCGGCAGCGUCUGCCUGUCCAGGAACGGAGAGGAGAGAGAGUGCGACCACGGAAGAUGACGAAUGGCGAGGGGAGAGACGAAACGCCGAGUUAAACCGGGGAGAAGCGACGACUGGGGAGGUGAGAGGCAGGGAGUCUCUGCCUGGAGGACUGCAGAGCAGCGACGACGAAAUGGAAGACGUAUCUCUAGCCUCCGACUGCGCGAGUCCUCCGCAGCCGAGCGACUUCGAUAGUCCGGUCCAAGAGGGAAAGUCUGCAGCCCUCUCCGAGGCAGACAAUCACGACAUCGCCGCCUUCUCCCCAGGAACAGAAGAGAGAAACGUUUCCGGGAGCGAGGACUCCCGACGCACGCGUCCGCAGGCUCCGAAAGAGGCGAACGAAGAGGCGGAACAGGGAGCGCAAUUCUCAGCAUCCACUGUGGUGAAGACUGAGGGAAAAAACGUUUUCGCGCGCGAAGCGGGAGAAAAGACGGAGCCAGAGAUAGGGAAAGAAAAGGAAGCGAAAGAAAAGGGAGAGCAGGAAAUGCAAGGAGAGGUGCCAGCGCCUCAGUCUCUACCAACGCAGUCGGCGAGACAAGAGGAAGAUGAUGUUCCACUUCCAGAAGAGCAACUCAAUGGAGACUUAGAAGGUCCGAGAAGCGAGGAGAGACAAGAGCGAGGUGUGUUUCUGGAAGACGAACCGGACAGCAUGAUGAUGGAAGAGACGGAGACGCAAAGAUCUCGCAAUGACAACACACAGACAGAAUCCACGUUUGGAGACAAAGCUCUGACGCUGACGACUGGGGGGGACCCGGAGAGCGAGGAGCUUUCGAAAGGCGAUGAGACUUCAUCUCCUUAUCGAGAGAGAACAGAAUUCCCCACAGCCUCUGCCGUCCCGCGCUUCGACGCGAAGAGAGGAGACAACGAGUCUCCUCCGCCCCGCUCUCCUCACUCUCUCUCUCCCUCUCGUCGGUCGCAAAAGUCUUUGAAUGCCAGUAUUCUUCCAGAAAGUGAAGAAGAUGGGGACCUGUAUCUGCGCGAACGUAUGGGGAUGAUGACAGCCGAGGGAGUCGACGAAGCAGUCUUCUCCGAUGAGGCGAGUGAACUCCAGGCACGAGGCUUGACGCAUAGAUCUUCUUUUCAGCAGCUUGCAUGCACCAGACAGAGGGCCUCAGAAGCUGGAAUCGAGCAACGCUACGUCGGAGCCCUCCUGACUGUGGCAGCCUUUGACCAACUGUGGAUCGGCUACGGAGACGGCACUGUGGCAGUCUUCGCCCUCAGCGACUACUGCCUCCUCGAGUGCGCCAAACUGGAGACUCCAAAUAUAAGCCGAAUGGAGUUAUCAAAAUUCGCAGAGGUCGUCCUAAUUCUGAGUGGGAACGAGCUUGUGACGGUCUGGAGUGUACGUACACUCCGCUGCCUCCGCCAGGUGCCGACAGCCAUGCUCACCUGCGGAAUACCUCUCGCCUAUCUCUACGUCCUCGAAGCUCCAGAGGCUUGGGACUCGAAAGUGACAAUCGUUCUGGCAGGGUGUGUUGACGGUUCCAUCAGCGUCCGGAGACUCGAGAAAAGCGCAGAAGGCGACGAUCUCCACUUCCUUCUUAUUCGAAACUACGUCCGAGAAGUGGAACCUCAAGUGCCGAUUAGCGCGAUUUGCAUCGACUCUUGGUUGAACGCGGCUUUUGUGGGCGACGCAAGUGGUGUCGUCUUCACCUUGCCGUACGUGUUCCAGUUGCUCGAUCCGUCUCUUGUCCCCGCCGUCGUUCCGCCUCGAGAAGAAGCUUUUUGUGGAAGCGAAGGUCACGGUCCUUCACAUCCAGCGCCAGAUUCGCUGUCGCGCUCUUUGUCUUCCGAAGACAUCUCCUGAGCAUUUGAUAGCCUUUCCUGAAAAAUCUCGAAGAGUCACGAGGCAUGCGAUGCACCUUCGCCUCUCACCCCAGCUCUGCACCCGCGCUUCAGGAGUGGUGCAUGUAUUUGGAUAUCCACACACUGGGACUUCACAAACACACACCUGUGCGCAUGCAGGAUGCGUCUGUAGACUCAUUUCUGGCUUUUGCAUGCGGUACGGUGGAAGAGGAAUCCGUUUGUGUUUGCGCAUUCGGGGAAGACAUUUCACAGUUCGUCUGAAUGAGGUGCGUGUCACGCGGACCCGUACACACGAUCGGUUGUUCUUUUCGCAAGGCAGAAGAACCGCCUAGAAAGUUUUCAAAUGUGUGAAUUCAUAUGCGUGUGCAUUAUGGUAUGCAUACUCCUACACAGAAGGAUGCAUAUACAAAUACAUAUGUAUACAUAUGUAUAUAUAUAUAUAUAUACAUAUGGAUAGAUAUAUAGAUACAUAUAUAGAUAGAUAUGUAUUUCUGUGUGUAUACUUUUGUGUGUACGUAUGUAUGUAUACAUGUAUAAAUAUGUGUAUAUAUAUAAAUAUGUAUACAUUUUGGUGUGCAUUGGUUGUGAGCACUUCUUCGUGGUUGUUUGGAUAUGCCAUUUUUUCUCUGGAAGUUUACGCGAGGAAGGAAUGGGACACAGAUUGUUAGAAGAGAAGUGGAGCGCCCCGGGGGAAUGCCGGCAUAAGAGGCGAAUGGCGAUCUUCUGUCUGCACAUGUCCAAGAGCACAGGGAAGUCAAAGGUUUUGGUGCUUCAUUUCCGUCACACAGGAAUUGAAAGAGAACAUGUGACCUCCGUCGCUGUGAGGAUAAGUUUAAAUUCGACUGGAACACCGUUUUCUAAUCUCCCGCUUGCCCUGCUGUCGGGCCAGUGCAGAUGACUCUAGAAAAGUCGUGAGAAGCGAGAGAGGCAGCGAGACUUUCAGGAGAGAGAAAUGACCUAAAUUCUUGGGGCGAGUGUCAGUACACAAGGGCAAAAACGAGGAUGCGCAGUUCAAACCCAGCAUGAAUGCUUCCUGUCUACCUUUCUGCGCCAGAGGAAACACCGAAAGACUUUCUUUUGUGCAACUGUUCGAAACGACUCGAAUUCACAGUGUGUGCGUCUUCAAAUCCUCGAUGUACACACAGGUUCCCUCAUGCAGUCGUCUCUGCUAGAGUGUCUUCUCCGACAAACUUCCGAAAGUAAAGC